CACUUUUAAUUUUAGGUUAUUUUCUAUUAUCAUAUACAAUGAUUUAAGGUUGUCGUAAACUAAAGUAAACGUAGUUGAAGAAAUAUACAUAUAUUGAAAGAUGGGUAAAGUCAUGUCAAUGGUCGCAAAUAAAAUGAACCGCUUUAAUGUGGAAAACAGGGCACAUCGCAUACUGGAGCGUGAUAAGCCUGUGCCGGCGCCGAAAUACGAAUCGAAUAUUCAGGACAUGCAGCGAGCGCUUGAAUUGGAUCCACAGCUGGUAGAUAAGCUAAACAAAAAAGAUUUAGCGCUGGAUGAUCGAUUAAAAAAUGUUUAUGUAACUUCCGAGGAUCGAUUUAUUGACUAUGCUGCGCAACGUACCGAUCCAAAUAAACCGCUUCCAUUAAGUAGAAAAACACCACAAGAUUUUGAGUAUGGCUACAGAGAACCAACACGAGUUGGCGCAGGUCGUUGUACACUGCGGCAAGCAAUGCAAUUUAUAACGGAUCAUCAAAGUGAUCCAGAAUUGUGGACGAAACAAAGAAUUGCGGCAGAUUAUAAAUUGAAAGAAGAAGUUGUCGGUAACAUUCUUCAUUAUUUUAAAAGCUUUAAUGUGUACAUCCCAGAUAGAGGUCAAAAGGAACGCAUUCUUUCUCAAUCUAGUAAGAAAUUAAUUGAAAGCAAGAAAGAGGAGUAAUACUGCAGCUAUUAUCUUAGUAAAUACGUAGUUAUCCGGCUAUUUAACCAGUCAAAUCUUGUUACUUCUAUCAACAAGUUAUACCACGCUCUGUCGUUAAAACUCAACGUAGUCGAUAGUUCUUAAGUAGAAUCUACCGUUAAAUAUGAAUUAAAUGUUAAAAAGGUACUCGUCGAACUCAUUAUGAUACAAAA